UGAUAUAAGAACUGGAGAACUGGAGAAACUGGAGCUAAGAUUAGAAGACCUUUAUAUGUUCACAAACUAUUCCUUGUAUGUUAGGGCGCAUACUAAGGUUGGCGGCGGACCUCUGAGUUUACCAAUCACCUGCACUACUAUGGAAGAUGUUCCUGGUUCUCCUGCUAGAGUUAAGGUUCUCUCUAACGGAGAUUCAAGUUUCUAUGUUUCUUGGCUUCCUCCAGCACACCCCUGUGGAUAUAUUAGAAGGUACACUGUAUACUGGAGAAUACAGGCUCAAGGAGCUGAGAUACAAACCCUGAAAACCAAGGAAACCUUUGUAAGGUUGGGUCCUCUCCAAUCCAACACUUGGUUUGAUUUCUGGGUCCGAGCAGAGACUAGGAUAGGCCAAGGACCCUCUUCUCCUAUAGAAACCAUCCUGGCACAGAAUACAGGAAACGCCCAGAUAGUUUCCUUCGGCCAAAGCUGGAGGGUCAAGUUUCAAACUUCUCUUCUCCUGGAUUGUUUCUCGGUAGGGUUCCAGCAUAUAUCAACCUACUGGAGACAUAACGGGAAUCAGAUUUAUCCAGGUGAGGGAAGAGUAACUGUUCUUACAAAUAACUCUCUUCUCCUGACCAACCUAACCCAGCAUGACGAAGGAGAAUAUCAAUGUGAGGUGGAGAACAGGGACGGAGCAGACAGGAUUGUACAUCAGGUUGAGGUUGAAUCUCCUCCCCCUCAACCUUGGCUUGAGGUUAGAGAUAUCACAGGGGAGUCAGCUGAGCUGGUGUGGAACCUACCCGGAGUAAGGACGAGGAGCCAGGGAUCUGGGAGUAAUCCCGAAGGUCUCAUUAUUCCCAUUCAAGGAUAUAUCAUCUCUUACAGGCAUCAGAAUCUAGAUUGGAUUGAGCUGCGUGUUUCGUCCAUAUCUAACAAGUAUACCUUGACCAACCUAAGCUGUGGGUCCAGCUACCUGACAGCUAUGGUAGCGGUCAACAGGAUCGGGCAAAGUCAACCCAGUCGAAUUAUCAGCUUUGACACUCUGGGCGGAGCUCCUAGUGUUGAGAGAUUAGGUUCAAUAUUACUGGCAAACCGAACCUCUAUCCUGGUUCUACUAAACCGGUUCUCAAGUCGACAGUGUAAACUUAACAGGUUUAUAAUCGAGUUCAAGUCAUUAAACUCCAGCGUGUUCACAGUAGUUUCCAGUACUCUCAGCGGAGAUAUCACGGAGUAUCUAAUCCGGGGCCUGCAACCUGCAACCAGAUAUAUUGUAAGGGUUGCAGCUCUAAACUCAGCUGGAGAUAUCCAGGUUGAGGAGGAGAUCACAACCCUGGAUGAGGAUGGACGAGCAUUAAAUGUUUACAAGACUGGUUCCUCAGGAUCUAAUCUUGUUCUGAUCUUCUUCCUAGUGAUGGGGGUACCCGGAGUAUUCACAGGAUUAGGGUUUCUGGCUUACUUCACAUUCAAAAACAAGUUUAAUCAAGAUGGAAGAGGGAGAGAAGUAGGAAGAGAAGGAGGAGGAGGUAUUAAACCUAGUUAUCAUCCACACAAGAGUAAGACCUGCUCCAACCCUCCACACUUCCCCCGGACCCGAAUAGGUGUUGAGUCUACUGAUGAUCUGUAUGGAGAUGUUUGUCCCUACGCUACUGUUCAGCUGGUUAAGGAGGAUCCUGGAUUCUCAACCCUGUAUCAUGAGGGGUUUGUUUACGGAGAUAAGUUUGGUUGUGUAGAAUCAGGAUCUCAGGGUGCAAACCUUUACUCACAGAUAAACCAGAUGGAAACCUUCAGAUUAGAGAAUAGAGAACUCCAGUGUCAGGAGGAGAAUUUAUACUCUGAAGCUUUUCAACCAGUGGUAGAACAUUUUCAAGGUUCUGAAAGUGAACAGGAAGAACAGAUAAGAUUGAAUAUCAGGAAACAGCAGAGACAAAAGAGUCAGAAUAGGAAAAGUUCUGACCGGCUAGGACUAGAACGAACAGCUGUUGAAGUAACACGUGUUAAACUGGACGAUGGAGAUUUUGAUCCAUUUGAUUUCCCGCCAAAAAGAAAGCGUAAAGUGCAGCAAUCAGGAUACAAUGAAACUCCAUUCUAUUAAAUCUUCAUUGUACUCUAAUACUUUCAUAAAUAUCUUGAACAAAAUAUAAAAAAUCUAAAAAUUUGAGAAAAAAAGAAAAUAUAAUAUUCAGCCAAAUGUGACGAUCAAAAAUAUCAUUAAAGUAUAAAAUGCUCGGUUUGACAAAUAUCAAAAGUUUAUUAUGAUUGAUGAAUUAUUAUUGAAUUUUCAAAUGUAAGAAUUAUGAUCGAAAAUUCCACUAGCUGCUUUCAACCCUUUAGCUUUACAGAUGUAAGAAAGAAAUAUUUGUAUGAAACCUUUACAUUUGACAAUGAUUGUCAGCUAAUUAGCAACAUAGCUAACGUUCUUUCCAUUAAAUUUUGACCCUGUAAAAAUGACAAAUUAUUUUAUCUAUUCGAAUGGCAAAAAUAAUCUCACAAAUUCUAACUUAAUGGGACUCUAAAGGAAAAAUGAAAGGGGUAUAGGAUGAAACCCGAGAAUCUCAGGCAUUGAAGAUACCUAUAAGACAUCUAUCUGAUGUUCCUGUCUCGAUAAAUUGACAU